AUGGAGGUAACUCCCAAUACCUCCUCCAGCUCUGACCAAAGCAGCUACGUUGAAGUGAAGAAUUUGAUCACUCAGAUACCUUCUAAAGGGCAGAUACAAGAAAUUACUAAGGAGCUACACUGUCUACUGUGUAAUGACUGGUUCCGAGAUCCACUUAUGCUAACUUGUGGCCACAACUUCUGCCAGGCCUGUAUUCAAAACUUUUGGAAGCAGCAAGAAAAGGAAACAUUCUGUCCUAAGUGUAAGAUAUUGUGUCAAUAUGGCAACUGUGCAUUCAACCUUGUACUGGAGAAGCUGGUAGAGAAGAUUAAGGAUCUACCCUUACUCAAGGGUCAUCCACAAUGCCCAGAACAUGGAGAGAACCUGAAACUGUUCAGUAAGACAGAAGGGAAGAUGAUCUGUUUUCAAUGCAAAGAUGCUCGGUUGUCUGGAGGGCAGUCUAAAGAGUUCCUUCAGAUCUCUGACGCUGUCCAUUCCUUCAUGGAGGAGUUUAACACCAUGAAGGGUCAACUGGAGGCAAUCCUGAAGGAUCUUCAGUCCCUGAGGAGCACGCAGAAAGAUGCUAUUACUGCUUACAAGGAAAGCAAGCUACAUCUGCAGCAACACAUCUCCGUGGAGUUUCUAAAGCUGCAUCAAUUUCUGCACGGCAAAGAAAAGGACAUUUUAAAUGAGCUCCGGGAAGAGGGGAAAGCCUUGAGUGAGGAAAUGGAGCUGAAUCUGAAACAGCUUCAGGAACAGUAUCUCCUAGCCAAGGAUAUGAUGGUGAGCGUCCAGGCCCGGAUGGAUGAGCAGAACUCCUUCAACUUUCUCAAAGACAUUACACCUUUCUUAGCUAGCUUGCAGAAAGGAAUAAAAGUGCUGACACCCAAAGAGCUUAUCUCCAGAAAGCUGAACUUUGGCCUGUACAAAGGUCCCAUCCAGUACAUGAUGUGGAAGGAAAUGCAGUCCAUUGUCUCUCCAGGCUUAUUUCCAUUAACUCUGGACCCUAAAACAGCGCACCCAAAUUUGGUGCUGUCCAAAAGCCGAACCAGUGUGUGGCAUGGUGACAUUAAGCAGGUAAUGCCCGAUGAUCCAGAGAGGUUUGACUCAAGUGUGGCUGUGCUGGGCUUAAAAGGCUUCACGUCUGGAAAAUGGUACUGGGAAGUAGAAGUAGCUAAGAAGACAAAGUGGACAGUUGGCAUUGUCAAAGAAUCCAUCAUUCGGAAGGGCAGCUGUCCUCUAACCCCUGAGCAAGGAUUCUGGCUUUUAAGACUAAGGAACCAAAAUGAUCUGAAGGCUCUGGAUUUGCCUUCUUGCAGUGUGAAGCUGACCAACAACCUUGACCAGGUGGGCAUAUACUUAGAUUAUGAAGGAGGGCAGGUGUCCUUCUACAAUGCUAAAACCAUGACCCACAUUUACACCUUCAGUAGUACUUUCACGGAGAAACUUUAUUCCUACUUCUGCCCUUGCCUUAAUGAUGGUGGGGAGAAUAAAGAACCACUGCAUAUCGUGCAGCCACAGUGA